CUUUUUUCUAUGCCAUUCUGGGCUGCUGCAGGAAGCUAUUGCUCUUUCCCUUCUGGCCACGCACAUUCCGGAGUUCGUCAUACAUACACACAUAUGCAUACGUUCUCUUAUGCUCCCCCGGCCCAGCCCGCGCCUUUCCCCCCUCUACUGUCAGCGCAGGAUUAUCGGCGACCUGUAUCGUUGUAACAAUGGCUAAUUGAUCAUGUAUCCUGCUCAAUAGACUGAGCGAAUCCGAGUUCACCCCACGUCUAGCCAGCUGCACACAGACUCAAGCCCCCCCCCAAACUCGAGACUUGAGUUCAAGUCGAGUCAGUGCCUGCAUACUAUCAGCGGAACUCAGGCCCAUCCUCGCAGAUCUAAUAUUCAGAAAAAAAUAUACAAUGCCGAAAGAUAAAGAGCGCACCAUGAACCCUGCCGCGGCGCAGCGGAAACUAGAUAAGCAGAAGAGCCUCAAGAAGGGCAAGGCCGAAGCGUUGGCCCGCCGGAAUGAGAAACUAGCCCGUCGCAACCCGGAGCGCAUCCAGCGCCAGAUUGAUGAGAUCAAGUCCAUAGAGGCAUCGGGACAAAAGCUGCGGCCACGUGAUCAACAGUUGCUCGAAGCCCUCGAACGAGAUCAUCGCGCGGUGCUCAAGGCUCGAGAAGCACUGGGAGAUAAGGCUCCCAAAUUCGCGAGCUUCGGGUCUAGAAGCGGCGGAGACCGAGACGGUGACGAUGGAGGCGUUUUAGGGAAGCGCAGGAGGGAUGGUGGUGGUGGUAGUGGCGGCGGCGGGCGCUUUGGACGGCAUGAUCGGGAUAGUGAGAGUAGCGACGAGACAGAUGAGGAGGUGCGAAGGAUACCCAUGCCUCGGGAUACACCCCCGCCGAUUCCGCGCCAGUUCCAGAGAAGACCAGGCGGCGACCAGGCCCAGGGUACACGAGGACCACAUGCUCUUCCUGCAAAACCCCCCGUUGUCGAAGCUAAGGCAGUCUAUGAGGCUAAGCCGCAGAUCCGAGACCUGCGACAGGAGGCCAUCAACAAAUUCAUUCCCGCUGCCGUCAGAGCUAAGCAGGAUUCUAUACGAGGGCAGGGUAAACUCUUGGAGCCGGAAGAGAUGGACCGGCUAGAGCAAGCAGGUUACAAGGCAGAAAUGGGCCAAGCAGGGGUAGCAGAGGCAGCAGAGGCCGUAGGUCAACCAGAAACGACAGACGACGAUGCCCAAAGGCGAAUGUUAGAAGAGGAGGAAAGGAGGUUCAACCAGGAGCUUCGAUCAGUUCAAAUCGAAGAAGUUGAAGAUGAGGAGGCAUAGAUCCUAAUGAAUCAAGAUUAAUGAAUAUCCAGGACAAUUAUUUCGGGGC